GAUCCUUCACUGUACGGACGGUGGCACAACAGCUCCUACACUAUAGAUAGCUGCCCGGGCAAACCCCAGGCGGGAUACCGCAGCAGCUGCCGAAAGGCUGAAGGACGUUCUCAUCUCCGGCUUUCUUCUCGGCAGGGGAGAUGGGUGGGAGAUGCCCUAGAAAAGCGGUGAAGUCGCAAAGGAGCUAGAUGCAUUCCUGUCUGACUGUUGUGUUGCAAUUACGCAGAGAGGAGACACCAGAAAAGCCCCGGAAGAGAAAGUGCUGUGCACAAUAUUCCACCAUACCAGUCACAUUGAAGGGUAGGAUGAGGACCAGACCAAACAGCCAUCGUAACAUCUCAUACCCUCUUUCAACCUUGAAACCCGCCCCUGUCCAUGGCGCAGAUCAAGCUUGUCUUGACGCUUGCCGCUUUAAGGCUGAGGCGUUGGACCCGGGGAUUUGGUUUUCACGAUGGGAGUUGUGGUGUGGUGUGGUCCCGAGAGGUAGGCAUGUGGCGUGUCUCAUAGAUGCCUUUGAAGGAUAUGCUGCCCAUGUGCUCCGAACGGGCGAAGUAGGAACCGAAUCCACACAGCUUUCAACAAGAUCGCUCUCACAUGGGCCUGAUAUCCCUCGAGCGCAAACCAGAACUGGCCGAAUAGUUCGAGGUGGCUCUUAUGGCGGUUGGGUAGCUCCAGUCUCAGUAUUGCGAUGUGGAACAGCCACUACCGCUGGGCGGCGGAAGAGGCGCCGGAUCUGCAUCUCACCCUCCGUGGUUCGAGCCUUUCCCGCUCCUCGCUGGCUAUACAGGUUUGCACGUUCGCUUCAGGUGUUCUUCGAUAUGACUCGCGGGCUGCACGAGACGGAAGAUGUUGCGGGUGUGGCGACAAGUGUCUUCCCCCGGGAUUGUGUGAAAACCGUGUAUUGUCCCUUGAGUGCAUGAAGAUUGUUCGGCGAGGUGCAACACCGACCCGAUCUCUACGCUGAUAGACGGUGUCAAAGGGCGGAGGUUGAUAAUUACCGG